UAAAAUCCACCAUCAUCCAAAUUCAGUCUAACCAGUUACUACCACCACCCAGAUACACCAAAACAUGGCUCUACGCAUGUUCGUACAGUUCCCGGUUACCUCACCUUUCCCGCCACCCACAAAAUCCGGUCACCUGAACUCAUCCGUACGGUUGAAACCUCCAUGUGCCGGUAGCCACUCAAUUCCCCUAUCACAACCCAGACGGCCCGUAACACAGAAGAACAGAAGGCAAUCAUUUCUCAAAGCCGUCGACGAAAGCCAGGCGAAUUCCGAGUCCGGCGCCGAAUCGGUGAGCACCCAAGACAAAGAAUCGGCCGCGGAAGGAGAAUCGGCGGCGAGUCAACCCGUCGAGUUGAGCGAGUUGGGGAAGGAGAUCAAGGCGGCGAUGCAGAAGAGGAAGGAGGAGAAAGAGGGAGGCUUUUUGAGCGGAGUGGUGGAGGAGGUAAGGGAGAUCGAGUGGCCGGCGUUCGCUAAGGUGUUGGGGACCACCGGGGUGGUUCUUGCGGUCAUUGCCGGUUCCAGCGUCGUGUUGCUCACUGUCAAUGCCAUUUUGGCUGAGUUUUCCGAUCAGGUUUUCGCCGGGAGAGGGGUUCAGGAUUUUUUCAGCUGAGAGUGAGAGAUGUGAGAAUGUUGGGUUCAUGGGCCGGCAGACCCGACCCGGCCCAUAUGGUGUGUUUAGGGAAAGAGAGAAUCAAAUACUCAAUAGCAUUCAUUGUAUAAUUUGUAUUAUUCAAAAUUGACUAAAUCAUGAUUUGUCUGCUUUGCUCUUUUUAGUUCAAA